AUGAAAGGUACCCCAAUAGUGACAGCAUACAGGUCAAAUGAAGAUCUUCUUGAGUUGAAAAAAUGGUUUUAUGACUUUGAUGAUGCCCAAGACAACCGCAAACGUGCUAUAGAAAAAGUCAAAAUACUUCUAACAAGAGGUAGAUUACCUCAUGGGAUUGAAGCAACUUCUAUACUAACGUCUGUGCUAUUACGAGAUGAUGACGAUGAUCUAGAUAUGGACUCCAACGUGGCUCAACUUGCUUAUACAAUGGCAUUGAUCAGAUUUGUUAAUGGAUUGUUAGACCCCUUUCAGCAGUCGAAUUACGCAAUUCCAAUGCAAUUACUAGCCAAGCAGUUAAACCUACCCACUUUUUUUGUUGAAUUGAGACAUAUGGGGACACAUGAGAACUUGCCAAGUUUGGAUAUACUAAGAAUUGCAACUAAGGAUGCGUUGACGUGGUUGUAUGAUAAUUAUUGGUGUCACGUAGAGGGGGAUGGUGAAUCUGAGCCUUUGGUAAAUGCUGAAGCAGACGCAUAUGCGGAAGUUGUCAAUUUCAGAUUUAUACAAUUUGAAGAGCAAAUAAGUGGCUUCAUGGUUUAUGAAGAUCUCAAAACAUUCAAGAAGCUACGAAAAGACAAUUUGGAGAUGCCAUUGUUUACUAAUGACUGCAAUGACCAGGACACUUUCAAAUUGAGAAAGUGUGUUGGUGAAUUGGCUGAAUUUUGCAAUAGUGAUCCUGAAUUACUAGCCGAUUUGCUCAUCAGAAGAUAUUAUUUAAUAUAUCCACACCAAAAGCUUGAGGCCAAAGGUAUUAAACAUAAUCCGUUACUUAAAAAGCUAUACAUACCAUUAGUUGAUGAACUUGGUGUUCGCUUGAUUGUUCUGCUAUUUAUCAAAAUACUGAAACUACUUGAUGGGAAAGAGUUAGGCGAGGUAAACCGUCGAGUGUACAAAAAAUUAGGCUUUGCAAUCACCUUUCUGGAAACAGAAGUAGCACAGUUAGUUGAAUGGUUACCAUACAUAAUCAAAAAGAUGCUAUCACUGCCAUUCUCGGAAGAAAACUUCACACAGAUUCAAAUUUCCAACCAGAAAGAGCUUCUCAAGUCUGUAUUUGAUAGAGUAUCUUCGUUCUGCAAACAUGAUGAUUCGUUGCUAGUAAAAUUGUUGCAGGUAAUGAAGGAAUCAACUAGGGAGAAUGUAGACCCUAAUUUGUUGAAGGAGAUAAACGACAACUAUGAUGAGGCGGUAAAAAGAGCUAACAAAAAGUCUUUUGACCUACCUCCUUCAUUGGAUGAGAUAUUAGCUGAAAGCGUGGAAAAGAGACAAUUGCAAGAUGAGAAACAGAACACUAAUAGAAAAAGAUCCAAAAAUGCAAAUAGUAGCGAGAAAAAAGUGUAUCUAAUGGAACCACACGAUGAUUGGACUCCAACACCCUUCGGGAUGCCCGUUUGA